UGUUGUUAUUCGGUAAUAAUAAUUUAAUGCGCUUAUUUGCUAAGUCAAUGAAUAAAUAAAAGCAUUACCUUAGCUGCAUAGCUGCAGCUGGAUACAAUUAAAGGUACGGAAAAACAUCCGGAAGAGCAAACCGUGUGCUGUGGAAAAAGGUUAAUUAGAAAUUGAAAGUUUUCGGGGUGAAAGUGUGUGUUAAAAAUUAAUAGUUCAGAAGUGAAAAAUAAUUUGCAUACGUUCCAUAGCAGCCAAGUUAUAAAAUUGUUGUAUAUCUGUAUAACUUGAAUUCCCACAAAUAUCUGUUUAUUUAACAAAGGCGUUAUAUCUUCACACAAUUUAUGGCGAAUUUGCAAAGUCUCUAUAAUACAAAAGAUUUUGUCAAAUUUGCGUUGUAACACUCGAGUUACAGUCAUCGAGCUAUUACAAAUAAUAGCAAUCUCCAAAGUUCCAAAAUAACGGAGACAAAAGGUGACUAAACCGUGAGAUACCUGAAAAUAUGCGCUUCAAUAAGCAUGGUUUAGCGACAUUAGCCACAAACCCUACAAUAAAAUUUGAAAAGGAAGGACUUUUGAUAAUAACAGAACGUCAAGAGGGGUUUUUUCGCCGUGCAGAUGUAAAUUACCCGCGUUGGUGUAAGUUGCGAGGUAAUUUGUUAUUCUACCUAAAGGAUCACGAAGCUCAGUCACCACCAGCUGGUUUACUCGUGCUUGAAAACUGUCGACCAUUGAUACGAAAUGAAGAGCGCGAAUUUGACGGUUUCGCAUUCAUUUUAGAAUUCGAAGGCAGUCAACCGCAGCGAAUCUCAACGCGUACGGCCAAAGAGCGCUUGGAGUGGGUGAAGUGCAUUCAGUUAGCCUCCUAUGCCUAUUUAGAUCGGCAAAUUAAAUAUUUACAAGAUCAAAUUGCUCUUAAAAUGGGCAAUCGCAUUGAGAGUGGUGUGUCACCGGCGACCACAUUUAUAUCAGCCACCGAUGCAUUACUUUUGAAUACGGCAACCAAUGGUGGAGGCGCUGCUGCAUUGACAGUGGCAAAAACAAAAAGUUCAGCAUCGAUCAAAGUGGAAGAAGACCUCAGCGAAAUACCAAUUUGUGAGUCUGCCUUAUCCUGUGAUAGUAUGCCAUGUGGCGAUCACGGACGACUGCCGAAUACACGCGUCGUCUGUUCAUUACUUUUACUUGGUAAUACAUGGCAUGAUUUUGCGCGUACCGAAGUCGUCGAACGCUCUGCGAAUCCGCAAUUCUUGUGCACUAUGCGAUUUAAACGAAGUGAUGGCUUCUCAGCAGACACACUGUUACGUUUUACAGUAUAUGAUGUACGCGAACGCUUGUCACACACCGCUGUGCCACUUGCUUACGCUGAAGUGGCUUUAGGUGUCAUACAAGAUGCUACUCGCUUUCGUAUUCCACUGCGUGCGUUGGACGGUGAAGGUGGCUUUAUAACGAUCGCCUCAUGGGCUCCAGAGACAGAUCGACAAUCACCACCUCGUUCCACUACGCAGGUGUUUGAAGAGCAUACGAAAGGUCAUCGACGUUCGCAAUCUCUGCCACCUAAAUUGGGGGUGAAACUAUUUGUACCUUUUCAAGGCCUUCUGCAAGUAGUAUUCGCAAAUCCUUGGAUUCACACAUAUCGUUUACACUCAGGUAUGGGAGGCGACAUCAGUGUCCACGAGACAUUGCUCGAAAGCAAAUACAGCUUUACAAUACCUCAACAAUUACUCUCUAUAUGGAUAUUGCGAGAAAAGGAAUUGUUACAAGAAAUCUCCGGUAUGGGUGAAUUAGGUGGCGAAUGGCGACGACGCCAAAUGGAUCUACUUGAUAAACAUCUAAAAUUGCUGAAAGAUUAUUCGCAGGCGAAACAAAAUCUGCAGCCGAUUGCCAAGGAGGAAGGUCCGUACUUCAAACGUUCUUCCGUAAAGACUGAUGAAUCGCUUGAAUUUAUACCAGUAAACUUGCAUUUGCAACGAAUGUGGGCACAAAAUGACACCUUGAAUCGAUCUGGUGUUCUGGAUAUUAUAACGGUUGGUGCAUUUACACGCCAUGCUGGCAAAGGACGUACUGGAGGACUUAUAAAGUUAUUACAAGAAACCAAAGAUUCACCAUCGAAAUUCGAACAGGGCAAUGCAUGCAAAGUGCAAGCCGCCAACGAUGCCGUACAGGCUAUAAAGCAGUUGCGUAAGGAAAUCGUUGAAAUAAUGUCACAACUACUAUCACUUGCUAAGAGUAAAAACCCAAAAGGUAUGAUGCCUUUGUGCAAUGAGAUGAUUACUAAAACUAAAACCUUACUGAAUAUAUGGGAACCAAGCUUGGUAGAGGAGGCGUUCGCAUUUGUUGAACAGCACCGCAUCAUUGAGGAACCUGACAACGUAUUGAUGCCCAUGUCACCAUUUCGAAAAAUCACUCAACAACUCUGCGCUCUAGACUUGAAAUCUCCUGAACUGGAAGAUUUUGCGACACCUAUAGUCGCUCCACCAGACCUUUGGCCUCGCACUAAGACCCCCACAGGUUUCGCCGGCUGUGCUGGUCGCCCAUUAGUUCGCUCCAAUAGCCUUUGUUUACGGCCGUCACCCUCGACGAUGGACAUAAAUGCCAUACAUGCACUACAUCGCAACGUAAAAAGUUACAACGAACAAUUACGCAAUCGGGCGGCAAUCAAAAAUAUUAGAACUGGUGUUGAAAGCGAUUCAGAAGCGGAAGCUACAUUCCAAUCUUUACCAGUAAAUCUGAAUGACAACGCAACCGAUAUUACUUUUACUGAAAGCCAUUUUAGCACUGCAGAUGGUUUAAAUGCGAACAUGGGCAAUGAUGUUUCAACGCUUCAAUUAAUUGACCUAGACGAUGUUGAUAUGGAGCAGUUGAAUAACGGAAGUCACAUUCCCUCUUCGCAUACAUCUGUGCUAAGCAAUUUCGAUACAACGCGCAUAGAUUCUGAGUUGGAUGUAGAUUACAAUGCUACCGCACAACAACAUGGCAGUUUUCUCGAUACAAGAAUUAUGAGUUCUUCCCCAUCGGCUAAUUACUAUCGACCCACAGAGGAGCCCGAGCCACUCGAUUUAACGCAACUAAACAUUGAAGCAAGUGUUAUGUGUCUCGUGAGUAAAAUUAAGUUUCUCUGUGGACGUUGUGGUAGUCCAGCAAUACGUCUGCGACAUCCAAAGCCUAAUAUGAAACGAACGGGAUUCCAACACUCUCCCGCACCGCCAGAUCUUGUAGCUAGUCAAAAUAAGAUAACAGAAAUCGAAGAUAGUGGCAUAGUAUCAGAAGCUAAUGAUGAGCAGCAAGUGGUUUCCAAUGGUAAUGGGCUGAACUUAGACCUCACACAUAAUGUUGAAGCGCUGGAGCAAAGUAAAGAACAUGAUCAUCCAUCUUUGACCAAAAUGGAAGGUAUCGCGCCACCUAAAAAAGGAAACAAAUUCACGGAUGGUCUCGACUUGUCGCUAACCACAGAUUGGGCUUCCGAGUUGCGCCCCUCGAUGCGAAAAUUACGACAUGCCAUGGAUGGGUUGCUGAAAACAGCGCGCCUAAUGCAUUCCGUACAACGUCUACAGCAGGAUAUGAAACGCAAUAGUAUAAAUUUAGAAAUUAUGUAUCGGCGUGAUGUGUGCUUUUCGCAAGCGUUGACAUCUCUCAUCGCUGCCCUAAUGGCCAAACUAUGGGGCACUGAGAUAACCGAAAACUUUAUCAAGAUACUCAGGGAUUUAGGACCACUAGCAUACUUCGAAGGUUUGCUUUCGUUGUAUGGCAACGAAGCGGACAUGUGGGGCGAUAUGUGCAUCGCUAUUGAGGAUCUUUCUGCAGUGAAUUUUACCCUAAUACGCAGUAAUACACAAUGCGAUGUGCACACGCCGAUGCCAAUUCCACGAGUCACUGGUUCGAGGCAAUCACUCAAUGUUUUGCUACCCGUGCCAGAGCAUGUGUAUGCUGUAAUGCCAAUACAAGAGACGAUCACCUUCAAAUUAACACCGGUAUUCUUCAAUAUCGGCAUCAAUGAAAAAGCAACAUUAGCCGAAACAUUGGGCCAAACACGUGAACAACACCGUUCGAAUUGGGACAAUUUUGUGCGUCUGAAACAGUAUUAUAGUCGCUAUCGUAAGUUGCAACUCGUUACGCCAGAUACGCCAAGCAAGCAUGAACCCCAUCCCCCGGCAACGCAAGCACUCAGUAACAUACUCAAUUUUAUGGAGGAUCAAUUGCGUUCAAAUGUAUCAAAGAAUGUGAAAAUUUUGCAUUUAGCCGAAGAUGCGUGUCGCCUAAUGUCUGGCUUGCGUUUUACCUCAUGUAAAAGUGCCAAAGACCGUACUGGAAUGUCGGUGACGCUGGAACAGUGUCGAGUGCUCGUGCAAGAGUUUAAUUUGCCAGCCAAAAGUGUACCCUAUGUGCUGAGCACUAUGCGCAGCGAUGGAACACGUAUGGAUAAUGUCUUUAAAAAUAUUGAUAAGCGCAAAUAUGCAUUCAAUUUGCCACAGGUUUUUUCAUUACCAGCAAUGUAUAGACCACCAGCUGGUUCCUACGGCAAGGCGGAGACCUAAAUACAUAAACAACAUUUUAAAUGCUUGAGAAAGCAAAAAGUAGUAUCAAAUUCACUACAAUAGGCAGCAAAUUGUAAUAUCAGCAUAGAUUAGAAUUCACAUAUUUCAGUAAGAGCCUUUAUUAACCUCAUAUGUUGGAAUUUGAUAGACGUGAUAAAAAUUUACCAAAAGAAAGGGAGCCUCAAAUGAAAAAAAUAUAUAUUUAAUUGUUAAAUUAUUAUGAUAAAAUUCAUACGCACAUUUUUCAAUAUAAUUUAGUUUUAAGAUAAGUGAAAUUAAGUUUAUUGGUAUGAAAGCAUAUUAGGUUUAACUUACUACUUUUUGUCUCAAGAAAUAAGUAUUGUUUGUAAUUAAUACUUUUAAAAUGGUUUCUAUAAUUUUUAUAACAAAAGUAUAAAAACUGUAAAAUGUCGUCUUGAUUGGUGAUAUUCUCAUCGGCUUGUUAAUUCUUUACGUUAUUCGUUAACCGAUAACGGGAUAUAUUCACGUCACCAAUCUGGCAAGCUUAAAGGCUGUAAGUUGGCGCGUCAAUCAGCUGUUCGAAAUUAUUUUAAUUUGCAAUUUACUUUCAUCGUGGAAUUUAAGAAUAUUUAUUUUAACAAAGUCUUACCUUCAAGUGAAGAAAAAAAAAUUGCUGUUGGAAUAGAGUUAUAAGACUUAGUCUUUAAAAAGUGCUUUUACUACUUUAACUAAUAAUUUCAACUUUUAUUAAGGCGCUGAUGCGGUAACGUGAAGUGAAUGCUUAUAAAAAUUAUCUUAAAAUCAAUUAUAAAUGAAAAUGUUUUAAACGGUUAAGCAGUAAAAAAUCUAAGAAUCUCAAUAAUGCUUGUUGCUCGUCGUACUUAAUUUUAUUCCUUCACUAGUGACACACAAUUUAAUCAAAUGUGCUAAAUAAUUUGGCAAAAUUUAAAAUUUCUUGUUUUGAGACUAUUUUUGCAAGUUUUUACACUAAUACAGUAAAUUUGUUGCGAAAAAAUUGAAGUUAUAUAAAUAUUUCGGCAAGCCCUUUUUGUGCCAAUUAAAUCUCUUUUUAACACUAUUCUAUGAAUAUGCGCUUUUAUCACCCAUAUAGAAAGGAAGAAUUUAUUACAAACCACAAUUGUGCCAAAUAUUUAUUAUCGAGAAUGAAUGUAAUAUGUAUUAUCUCUUUUUUAAAAUUAGUAUUAUAGUGACGAAAACGCUUUAGUUACGAAACGAGAAAUACACAUCAGACUCUAAAAAAUGUAAGUUGCGAUAAUCGGUUUUUAUCAAAUUUCUAUUAAUGUUUAAUGUAUUUUAAGAAGUUUAUUUGUUGACAAUUUCAUGCAAACGUUAAAAAAUUCAUAAAUAUUUAUUAAUAGUAAUUACACAAGAGAUAAUAAAUUGUGCCGCAUGCUAUAAGGAAAACGGUUGUAUGAGACAUAACGGCCCUUAGUUUUUAUGUAACAAAAAUAUUAAAUUAAGUUGGUUGAAGUACUUGUAUUUAUAGUGACCACACAAUAAAAAUUCACUGGUAACGUUUAAUAAGGA